CGGGCUCUGAGGGGUCGUCGCGCCCUGGGCCGAGCGCGCUGAGGAGAAGCGGCGUUGUUGGCCUCCGCGCGGCGGGCCGCUGUCCAGGCGCGAGGAGCGGCCGGGUGUGGGGCGCCCCCGGGAGCAGCGCGAGCCGAGGCUCAGGGCCAGACGGACACACGCCAGACGCAGCCCGCGCGAGGUGAAUGCACGAAGUAGGCGCGAGCCAGGCCGUGAGGGGCUCCGAGUGAGCAGUGACUGCGCGCCGCUGGAGAGGGAGGAAGAGAUUCAUUUGAAAUACACUUGGGAAGUGGAAGCGGUAAAAGAAUGGCAAACUCCUUUGCAUCGAAGACCUUCACUGCACUUUCAGAGCUGCAUCCAAAUAUGGCUAAUCUAAAAAUAAUCGGUAUAGUUAUUGGGAAAACAGAUGUCAAAGGCUUUCCAGACAGAAAAAACAUUGGAUCAGAAAGGUACACUUGCAGCUUCACCAUCCGAGACUCGCCGACCCAUUUUGUGAAUGCAGCAUCCUGGGGCAGCGAAGACUACAUAAGAUCACUUUCUGACAGCUUCAGGGUUGGCGACUGUGUGGUAAUUGAAAAUCCCCUGAUCCAAAGAAAGGAAUUAGAAAGAGAAGAAAAAUUCAGCCCUGAAACUCCUAGUGACUAUAAGCUGCUGCUCAGUGAGAAUCACUCAAUAGUAAAACUUUGCUCCAGUUAUGAAGUGGAUACCAAGUUGCUUUCUUUGAUACAUUUACCUGUUAAAGAGUCUCGUGACUAUUAUUCAUUGGGUGACAUUGUUGCAAAUGAACACGGUCUGGAUGGGAGAAUUAUUAAUGUGCUUGCAGCUGUGAAGUUGAUUGGAGAGCCAAAAUACUUUACAACUUCAGACCGAAGAAAAGGCCAGAGGUGUGAAGUUAAACUCUACGAUGAGACGGAGUCCUCCUUUGCGAUGAUAUGUUGGGAUAAUGAAUCCAUCCUACUUGCACAGAGCUGGAUGCCACGAGAAACAGUAAUAUUUGCCUCAGAUGUAAGAAUAAGCUUUGACAAAUUUCGGAACUGCAUGACAGCAACUGUAAUCUCAAAAACCAUUAUCACAACUAAUCCAGAUACACCAGAAGCUAACAUCCUAUUGAAUUUCAUAAGAGAAAAUAAAGAAGCAAAUCCUCUGGAUGAUGAAAUUGAUAGUUAUUUGAAAGAAUCCAUCAAUUUAAAUACAAUAGUUGAUGUCUAUACAGUUGAACAAUUAAAGGGAAAAGCUUUGAAGAAUGAAGGAAAAGCUGACCCUUUCUACGGCAUCCUCUAUGCUCACAUUUCUGCACUGAACAUUGAUGGUGAACCUGCAAGAGUUGUUCGAAAUAGAUGUUCAGGCUGCGGUUACACUAUAAAUGAAGCUUCCAGCCCUUGUACAGCUUGCAACAAAGAUUCUCUGCGUCUUAAGCCCGUCCUUCCCAGCUUGGAUAUGCUAAUUGAUGUCUCUGACCACACGGGCACCCUCCACUCCUGCAGUCUGGCAGGAGGCGUCGCUGAGGAGACUUUGGGCUACUCGGUAAAUGAGUUUCUUGCAAUGACUGGCGAACAGAGAACAGCAUUAAAGUGGCAAUUCCUUUUGGAAAGGAGCAAAAUUUACUUAAAAAUUUUUUUAUCACCCAGAGCACGGGGUGGGUUGAGAAUUAGCGUACUCUCCUGUAAGCUCGCGGAUCCUAUUGAAGCAAGUAGGAGCUUGUCUGCACAAGGACAUGUUUAAAACCAUUAAACUCUGGAAAAGUGUAUGAGUUCUAACUCCCUUUAAAGUGGGAAAUGAGUUUGAAAAUUAUGGAUAAAAUUGGUUUUUGUUCA